UUAUAAAUACCAAUCCUCCCCUUGCUUGCCACUUCCACCCACUCAAUCCAUCUCUAGUUCACUUUCUAGACAUCUGUUACAGCCUCAUCAAGAAAGAAUUCAAGAAAAUGGAGGCAUUUCAAUCUUGGGUUUCAGAGCACAAGCUUACCAGCAUUGGAGCACUGUGGGCAACAGCAGUUGGAGGAUCACUGGCUUAUACACGUACAAAAACUCCUCUAAAGCCAAGUCUCAGGCUUAUCCAUGCCAGGAUGCAUGCACAAGCCUUGACACUUGCAGUGCUCUCAAGUGCAGCAAUCUAUCAUUACUAUGAGAAGAAGCAAGGAGAGAAUAAUGCUGCUGCUGCUUCUGGAGCUACCAACUCUCUGCCUAACUAAAUGAUAACAAGUCUGCUCUACUAUUUUAUGUUAAUCUUGAGGGGGUUUUGCUUUACAAAUUAAAAUGAUCUGUAUUGACCUGGGAUUUGCUUUGGCUGUUGGCGCCUGGGUUAAUCAUAUAGUUAAUACUAAUAUGAUUAAGUUUUUCUCUUUGCUA